AUGGCAUCACCAUCACGAUGGACGUCUAUCCCUAGACGCGACUCUACCUCGAGUGCAUCCUCACACUCGCUAGACUUCAUGGGCCAGCAACAACCCGAACAAGCGAAACCAGAACCUACAACUAAAGUCCGGAGCUUAAAGGAGAAACCAUCGGCUCCAUCAUUUUUCAUGUCACCUACAGCAACUUGGAACCUCUACCGCCAUAAUCCCUGGUACCUAUCCUGGCAACAAGAAACCUGGGCCAUGAUCUUUUCUCUCGCUUGCCUUAUUGCUGUUGCUAUCAUCAUGGCUUGGAUCGAUGGGAAAAGGCUGUCUAUCUGGCAUUGGGCCAUUCAGCCUAACGCUGUUAUUUCCGUGUUGAUCGUUUCAUCAAAAGCGGCUCUAAUGAUCAGUACAGCUAGUUGUGUUUCCCAACUCAAAUGGACGCACUUUCAGCAGAGGCCUCGAACACUCAAGGAUCUGGAAGGCUUUGACGAUGCGAGUAGAGGUGCUUAUGGUAGUCUUCGCUUGCUUUUGAGUAGAAGUGGGUACCUGAAUGUCGCCGUCACAUUAGGCUGUGCGGUCACAGUGCUGGUACUGGCCAUGGAGACCUUCGGCCAGCAAUUGUUGAGUUUUCCUGAAAAGACAGUCGCAGUCGCCAAUGAAACUGCUUCAUUUCCAGUAAUCCAAAACUUCGAGGCCAUGCCAUUUUGGGGUGGACUUGGUCGGCAGUUUUCGGAUCGUUUGCUGAAGUCUAGACUUGGCCUGAUGGAAAGCAUAUACGGACAAACCAUCGAUCCCCCUUUCGAUUGCGGUGCAUCUUCUUGCUCUUGGGACAGUCAUGUCACUCUUGGCCUGUGUUCAAGCUGCCGGGAUAUCAGCUCGGUCCCAGGUGGCUGCGUGGUCAAGAUUACCGCAACGCCCAGUCAAUUUGUCAAUUCUCAACACGAAACCGUAGAUACGACGUACAACGUAACUACGCUCGAAUGCAACUACGACGGAGCAGGUCGCGCAGGUCGCACAGGAGGCUAUAAUCUCACUACAAUCAGGGGCAAGAACUCAUCCGCCGUUGGAACUGGAACUCCGGAUCCAAACAUCCUGUCCGAUUGGAGAUACCAGACUGCGAUUGAUGUUACCACCUGGAACGAGGAAGGCUUCUAUUAUAAAGGUCAACCUGCCGUGGUCUUGAAUUUUAGCGUGAUCGUGACGAAUGAUACCUGGGCACGUCCACAGAUCACCACUUGUACAUUGCAGUACUGCGCGUGGGUAUAUGAAAACUCAACUGCCAAAGGUCAGGACUUCGAUGUUGGAAAGCUGAAAAAGUACAAUCUAGGCUAUGACUCAAUUGAGUUGUAUCAGACUGGUCCCGGAGCGUCUGCAAGUGCGACCUAUACGAACUACACUUUCCGAGCCAAUGGUACUGGUUUCCCAAGCGACAAACACAACGACACAUUCAAGGUGUAUGGAAAUGCGAAUGCCGAAAUGGUCAGCCAUCUUGGAACUAUCCUCAGGUCGUCAACUUACAGCUAUUUAUCCGGCUCCAAUGAUUCCUCAGCGGGUUUGGGGGAUGCCUUGAUCAUGAACCCGAACAUCACAGAGCUCUCUGAUAGGAUGGCUACCAGCUUGACCAAUGUAUGGAGACAAUAUCAAAGCAAGCCUGCUAUAGGUACAGCGUGGGAAUCUGUCGCUUUCAUCCAUGUCGACUGGGCUUGGCUCACACUACCAGCUAUAGCGGUCUUGACUGCCGAUAUUGUGUUACUUAUGACUCUGUUGCAAAAUCGAAGAACUGUUUUGUGGAAGUCAUCCGUUCUGCCAUAUUCUUUCCGGGUACUACAAGGGUGGGACGAUACUGAGUUUGAUAUGGAGACACUGGAAGAAAUUAGAGACAGGGCUAAAGGGAUGACUGGUCAGCUCAUGGGAGACGAGAAUGAACGUAUCAGGUUGGUCAAAGCGUGCGGUUAG